UUAUGGAGCAGUUGGGACUUGGUGUUCGGGCAGGAGAGCCCCUGUUGGAUACCCACAGAAAGGAAUGCAAAAUGGGUUUCCAAUUCUUGGCGUUACCCGCUUCUUAUUGCCCGCAUCCGAGUGCGAAUAUACCCUCAAAUUUCUUUUGGAUGAGUUGCAAAUGGAUCAAUGGCCGAUUGCUCCUGGGAAUCGAGCUUCAAGGUGCAUAGGAGUGGCCUUAAGCGUGGCUUCAGGAUUACUUGGAGCUUGUUUGCCUGGAACUGGCGCCAGAAUUAUAGCUUUGGUUGGUGGUCCAUGCACAGAAGGGCCUGACACUCGUGCUAAAUGAGUUUAGAGGCAGCUGAAGCUUCCUGGUCCUACUAUAAAUGUCACCACUAACAACAAUGUCGUCAUCAACGUUAGAAACAAAUUGGACGAGAGUCUUCUUAUGCAUUGGUCUGGAGUUCAACAGAGAAGAAGUUCAUGGCAAGACGGACUUCUGGGGACUAACUGUCCAAUUCCUCCAAAGUGGAACUGGACCUACCAGUUUCAGGUUAAGGAUCAGAUUGGGAGUUUCUUUUACUUCCCUUCUCUUCAUAUGCAGAGAGCCUCUGGUGUAUAUGGUAGCUUCAUUAUAAAUAAUAGGCCUAUUAUUCCAAUUCCUUUUGCUACUCCAUAUGACGACAUUAUCAUUUUGAUUGGCGAUUGUACAAAAGGAACCAUACGGCUUUGAGAAAGGCCCUUGAUGAAGGGAAAGAUCUUGGAAUGCCAGAUGGAGUGCUUAUUAAUGGCAAAAGUCCCUGUCAGUAUAACACCACACUUGUUCCUGAUGGUAUUGACUAUGAAACUAUUGAAGUCCAUCCAGAGGCUUUCUGGAGCAUCUUUGCUAAUACUAGCAAAUAAGCAAGACCUAAAAGGUGCUCUUACACCAAAUGAAAUUGCUAAGCAAAAUGGGUCGAAAGAAGAGCAAAAAUAAAGAUAAGGAGAGAAGCCCAAGCCCAACUCCAAGUUCAAGCCCAACUCCUAAAGCCCUGUCUGAACAUUCAGAUGAGAUUUGUAAAACCAUGGUUAAAACCACAGAAGCCUCUUUAAAACCUCAAUCAUCCGAUGAAACCCAUAAAGACAUUAAAAAAUGGGUCGAAGAACUCAGCCAGUCUCCAGAAGUGAUUAGAGCCCUUCAGAGUAUGGCUUCAAGUAUGGCCUCCUCUUCAGGAGAAACAGGUAUGAUUCCUAAAACCAAAGCGAUCGUGCCCGCUCAUGGUACGACUAGUCUGUCUCAAACGGUAGACAGUAAAGACUUAUCAAAUCCGUUGAAGGCUGUGGGUUUGCCAAAAAUCCAACCAUCUCAUGGAUAUAAUACUGGAUUUUAUAAAUGGUAUUUAAAACCAGCUUCUGAAUUUGAAAUCGAAGUUGAAUAUGGAUUUAAUAAUAUAAACCCAUGGGAAGUGAUUAGAAAAUAUUAUCCUGAGAACUGGUGGUUUACUCCAAAAAAUAUUUUAAAACCUCAGGAUUAUUAUCAAAGUAUUUUAGAGGAAACUGGAGCUGUUAAAAUCAAGCAUAAUUUUGAUAAAAACUAUAAGGACGUAGUAGCCUAUUCUUCCAUUCAAAUAAAAAGCAUUAUGCAUCCUCAAGAUUGGCCUGCACCAAACUUGUAUACUGAAAUAGCGUUUAAAAAAUUAAAAAAGUAUUGCUCCUCAUAUAACUAUUUUGAUUAUAUUGAUGCAUGGACCAAUGUUUUCAGCAUUCAAAAUCCUACAACAACCCAUUCGUGGUUGAUUUAUUUUGAUGUACAAGCUAUAAAAACUGUCACCAAAUUUCCAAAUUGGUUUUUUGUAUGGUGGCAAUCCAGGGGCAUUACUGAAGAUAUUUUAUCACAGGAAUUGCUCCAUAUAUAUCAAUACUUUAAAACCAAUUAUAAACCUCCUCAGCAAGAAAAGUAUAUACCACCAUUGAUGUAUUUCUGUUUAAACUUCUUUCUACCGUGGGUAUAUCAAUGGUAUUUUGACUUUCAGUAUGUUACAGACCUAAAAGUCCCUGUUAUUGUAAAACGACACAAGAUAAAAUGGUGGGGUUCUUUCAGAAACCCAACCACGGAGGAGUCCGUAAAACAAUGGGUUAUUAAAAAGGCCCAAAUUCCUGGAACUUCAUAUGCUGGUAAACUGACAAUGCAAGAAGAGCCCAUAUUUGGAGCCCAAAAGGCUCAAUGUCAAGCAAUGUUAGCUGCAGCUAAAACUCCCGAAGAAUACAAGUUGAUUUGUCAGAAAAUGUUCAAUCAGCUUAGCACGGGAUCAUCAGUAAAACUGGAAGACGAACAAUCUUCCAAAGAAGAACCAUCAGUAAAAUCCUCUGGAAAGUCAAAGAUAAAAAAGAAACCUGGCAGAAGAAAAACUAAAAAGCAGUCAAGUUCAGAAACGGAGUCGACAGCGUCAUCAGAAACGUCAUCCUCCAGUAAAACCUCUGUAUCUUCACACUAUGACAGUAAUGAAGAUGAUUGCUAUGGAGUUCUACCGCCAGUAAAAAUCAAGAGCAAGACAGGAAAAGGAAAGAAGACGACAAAAGUAAAAAAGGAGAAGAAAGAAAAAAUAAAAAGAAAAAGCAAGAAAAAGAAGGACACCUCAUCGUCCUCCUCAGAAUCAGAAUAAAAUAAAAUUUCGGUGGAAAAGAGUAAAAGACAAAGGAGUGGCAGACAGACUAUUCAUCAACAGUAAAAAGUGGCAGACAGACUAUUCAUCAACAGUAAAAAGUGGCAGACAAGGUACUAUUCAUGAACAGUGCCAGCUGCGUGAGUAAACAGUAAAAUCUCUCUAUAAAAAGGGAGCCUCUCCCCUUGUGAAGGCAUAACUUGUAACUCUUUCUCUCUUUCUCUCUAUCUUCCAUCUUCUCAAGUUCCUCUGUAAAAACUCUCUCAAUUUCAGAAGUUUAUAUUUCUAAAAUAUAGUAAGUUUUUAUUCUAGUCUUAUAAAUUGCUACUUUAUAAGCCCGUGUUGACGGCACAGUUCUCUUCUCCCUCCACAAUCUGACUUAACUCUGGGGAUCCCAGGUUAAGGUUGCAGGAACCCAGACCUUAAAAUAAAAUUGUGGUUAAUUGUUGCUUAAGUAUGCUCUGUGGUUGCGGCUUAGGCUGAUCUUCCACAUCAGAAAUCUGUUUGGUAAAACUUAAUUAUUUUCACGGUAUAUAGGCUGGAAUACCCGAGGUUGCGGGCUACUGGUCCAAAGGGUAGCAAUUGCUACUGUACCACUGGUUUAACAAAGCCACGUACUGUUAAAAUCUAAAACUGAAUCAUCAAUUGGUAAACGAUCCUCACAUUUUGUUGGUGUCUGCCACUUUUUACUGUUGAUGAAUAGUCUGUCUGCCACUUUUUACUGUUGAUGAAUAGUCUGUCUGCCACUCCUUUGUCUUUUACUCUUUUCCACCGAAAUUUUAUUUUAUUCUGAUUCUGAGGAGGACGAUGAGGUGUCCUUCUUUUUCUUGCUUUUUCUUUUUAUUUUUUCUUUCUUCUCCUUUUUUACUUUUGUCGUCUUCUUUCCUUUUCCUGUCUUGCUCUUGAUUUUUACUGGCGGUAGAACUCCAUAGCAAUCAUCUUCAUUACUGUCAUAGUGUGAAGAUACAGAGGUUUUACUGGAGGAUGACGUUUCUGAUGACGCUGUCGACUCCGUUUCUGAACUUGACUGCUUUUUAGUUUUUCUUCUGCCAGGUUUCUUUUUUAUCUUUGACUUUCCAGAGGAUUUUACUGAUGGUUCUUCUUUGGAAGAUUGUUCGUCUUCCAGUUUUACUGAUGAUCCCGUGCUAAGCUCCAUUUAUUAAAUUUAAUAAUGAAUCUUGUUCUUUAGUUAAAACAUUUAUUGACUGUUCGGAUGAGCUAGUGACUAACUCAUCUAUUUGGUUUUCACUUUCAGUUAUAUCUGUUUCUGAGGCUUCUGAACUUAAGCAUAUUUCUUGGAUUUUAUUUGUUAUUUCUUCAUCUAGUCCUAACUCAUUUAAUCUUUUAUUAAAUCUACAAAACUUAGAUGUAUGUCCUUUUUUACCACAAUUAUAACAUGUUAAAUCUUUAAAAGACCUUUUAUUUUGGUUUCUUUCUUCUGGCUUCUUUCUUUCAUAUUUCUUAUGAGUUUUAACAUUUUUUCGUUUAUAAUAUUCUUCCUUAUUAGGUUUUGCUACAUAUUUCUUUUUAUAAUACCUAUCUUUUUUAUAAUAUUUCCUUGGCUUAAUUCUAGAGCAUUGCCCAUUGCAACCUUCUUAUCUGCAUCAUUUUCUUUAGCUAUUUUAUAUGGCGCACAAACUAUUUCAUUUUCUCCAUGUUUUAUUUUACUGAUUGUUUUAGGUGGAAAAUCACUCUGUACUACUUUGUCAUUUACUAUCCAUUCUGGCCUUUUAUCCCUUAUAGUUAUUGGAUUAAUACUUUUCUUUUUGCAUAGUUUGAACCAAUCAAAAAAUCCUAUUUGUUCUUCAUUUUGGCUAUUUAGAUAUUCUUCUUUUAGAUCUUCAAACUUAUAUUUUUUGAUAAUUUUAUUUAACUUAUAUAAGUUUUUUGUCUUUGUUAUUUCUUUUAGAAAUUUCUUUUCAAGUUUUUCUUUACUAAGGACAUUUAAUUCUCUGUUUAUAUUAUUUAUGUUU